CCAAAGGGAGCAUUGGCAGCGGGGAAGCUCGGGGUUAGGGCCCUGCCGGGGGGACCGGGACAUCAUCUGGGGCGCUGACACGCUUGGCGCGCACCUGUACUACCCGCCGCAAACUAAAGCAACAAAGCGUCUCAUUCUAAAGCGAGUUGAGCCAAGGGACCUGCGCGUCUGGCAAGGGCUUUGCGGGGACCCUAUCAGAGCCGAUUGUGGUGACACUUUUGACGAGCUGGCAGAAUCUCCAAAAUUUGAGCCUCCCCUUCACACGGCUGCCUUUUGAUUCACUGUACACACAAUUGCAUUAACGACUCAAUUACACAAGCUCCUCCUUGUCUUCAAGCGAACGGGCCCAGACAACUAUUUUACCAAAGGGCUGCGUCUGCGCGUCGCAGGACUCUUGGGGGGCAGGAGCUUUCAUCUGAGCGUUGAAACUAUGGUUAUACUAUGCAGCCACGUCUAAUUCGCAGUCGCCGUUUCAAGGGGCGAUGAUGUCGGCAAACGGCCUGGCUCAAGUGGGCCAGACUGCCGCGAGCAACGCAGGCGGGGCGCUGAUCCGCCUUUCGGAGCUGCACCUGCGACCUGGCUUUGUGCGGCAGGUGCUCUUGGGACGCGCCGCUGCAGCCCUGCUGCUCCAGGCAGCAUACAUUUGCCAGUGGCUAGCAGCCAUAACUGGCACCAGUUCUUCCGAUGCUGGGGCCCAGUGGCAGCACGACCACCACCGCCACCUCCCACUUGCCCCCGCCGCCGCGCUGCCCCACCGCCACCACGAACUUAUCUUGCUGGGCAGUGCCACUCUGACUCUCAGUUCCAACCUCGUGCUGCUGAUCAACGGGCUGCUGGCCGCAGCCAGCGCAUUCAGCAACAGCCGGGCCGCCGGACAGCCGUGGCUGCGCCGCAAGCUGGAACUCCAGCCGCAGGGCGCCAGGCGCAGCGUGUAUGAGGAGCACGCGACGGCGAUGAACUUGCUGACAACUGGUAUGCACACGUGUGCACAGCUGGUAGCGUGCGCGGCCGACGCGGCGGUGCGUGGCGUGCCGCCGCCCGCUUCCCGGCUCGCAGCCAUCACCGCCGCCGCAGGCCUCAACUUGGCCGUAAACGGCGACAGCUGGGGGGUCUUCCUGCCGCAGUUGGGGGUGGUGCUGGUGGCGGCGGCAGCACUGGCAGCAGCGGAUGGCGGGACUGGGCAGCGCCUGCGGCAGGUGUGGUAUCUGGCCGGCGCUGCGCGGCAGCUGGCAGCAGCAGCGGCCGCGGCAGUAGCACUGCAGUGGUGGCUGCGGCGCCGAUGGCUGCUCGCUGUGAAUGCUGGUUCUGCAGCUACAGCAGCAAGUGCCUCACCAGGCGGCCUCGUGGCUGGUGAAGCAUCCGAGCUGGCACCCCAGAGCAAGUACUUCGCGACGUACCGUCUGUACCGCGUGUGGCCCCUGCCGGCCGGCUACUGCCUCAAUGGCACGACGUCACUGCUACUGCCGGUGUCGGAAGGUGACGAUCAGCCGUCACAGGACGCUGCAGUGACGAGCUACUGCCGGCAGCAGCGCACGGCGCCGCCGCCAGUCCGCAUGAGUACCGGCAGCCGCUACAGCCAAGGCUGGAGGAGCCCGCAGCUGCAGCAGGAAGAGGAGGGGGGCGCGAGCGGCAGCAGCCGCAACAGCAGCAACAGCGGCAGCAGUGCUAGCACCUUCUGCAGCAGGCGCGCCACUGGCCUGUUUUUCCACCGGCGGCGGACCGAGGCAGCUGCAGCAGCAGCGGGCCAGGCUGUGCCGAUGCAGCCGCCAGCGGCACCUUCACAGCUGGAUGUGGCCUGGGACCUGUCACAAGCGAGCGCCUCGGCUUUCAGGAUGACUCAACGAAACGACGAGGCUGGGCAGCCGCUGGCGGAGGCUAAGGCGGGGGCCGAGGGCAGCAGGACUGGGGCCGCGCCUGUGGCGGCUUGCAGCACGGCAGCGGGAGACGGACACGCGAUCUGUGGUGGUGGUGGCGAUGCCGCUGAUGAGUCCAGCACCGAUGCCACUGGGCAUGUGGAGGCCGUGCGGCAGCUGCGGGCGGCGUGUGCGACGGUGCCGUCGCAGCUGCCGUCCGCGGCCGCUGCCGCUGCCGGCCGCCCGCUGGCGGCGGCGGCGGCUGAUGGUGUGCUGCGGACGUCGGACGAGCUCAUGUGGCAGGCCCUGUCCACAGGAGGUGUCGGCUACUCGCGCGGCCCAUCAUUCAACAUCCAGCCGCCAGGCGCGGGGUUCAGCGACGCGCUCUUCUCCACAAGCCACGCCAUCACCUCCUACAACAACCUUUGGACGCAGCUGCAGCAGUCGCCGCCGUUGUUGCAACAGCAACAGCAACAGCAGCAGGGGCAACAGCAACAGCAGGCUCAGCUGGCACCCGUCCUGGAGCAGCAGCACUCAGUGUUGCAAAGGUCCUUUGCUGAGCAGCGGUCAUCCCCGGCCGCGCCGCCGGCCGACUGCGAUACAGCUGCCGCUGCAAUAUUCCCUACUGCGGAUGCAGAACCAUGUGCGAGUGGCACGCAGAAUGUCCUGUCGCCGCAUCGGGUUUCGCUGCCCGGCCGGGACCUUGCUGAUGCCGACAGCACGCCGGGGCAGCUGCGGGAUGCACUGCCCACGCUUUCGCUGCUGGCUCCAUCGCGCCCUGCCAUGCAGACGUCCCAGUCCUCAGGACGCAAGGUGUGGUACGGGGCAGCAGGCGUCGGCGGCUCUAUCAGUGCUGGCUGCAGCCGAACGCAGCUGAGGCAGAUGUCGCAGCAACAGGAGCAGCAGGGACAGGAGCAGGACAGCACGUCCCGGAGCCCGCACCUGCCGUCAAUCACGCAGCUGCACACGUUGCCGCACUACGUCCAAGCCGCCAACGCAGUCUCAUUCGAGGCUUGCGCUGCCGGCACUGCCGCAGCCGCUGUGGGGCCUGCCUCAGCCGCACCGGCACCUGCCGCUGCAGCGCCCACGGCACAGGCCAGUGAGCCGGGCAACGCCUUUGUGCCUACUGUGUCUGGUCAGCUGCUGCAGCUGUCCAAUGUUGACAGCCUGACCUCCUGCAACGGCACACUGCCGCCAGGGCUGCCGCCGGCCGCGUGGUUUCCCUCCACCUACUCUCAGGUGCGCAUGUCGCCUGCCGAUCGUGAUGUCAACGCCGGCGGCGCCCAGCUUGGCGGUGGCGAUGGUGGUGAUGGUGAUGGCGACGCAGACCAGCCGAACCCGCAGCCGCGGGGUAUGGCGGGGGCUGUCGCCGCAGUGGCGGCUGCCGCCGCGGCUGCGGGGGUGGUGUUUGACGAGGCGGACGUCAUCAGCGGCCGCGUGGACCUGGUGCAGCAGCUGCUCUUCCUGAUGCCGGACGCUGUUGCCUCCCAGCGGCCUCCCGGCACGCUGAUCAGCAGGCCCUGCGACUGGCCGGGCACCCCUGGCGGCGGCGCGGCGGGCGCCUGCGUUGCUCCAGCGCCGCAGCAGCAGUCUUCGCAGGUGCAGCCUUUGCAGAAGCAGCUGCGGCAGGAGGGUCCUCAGCUGCUCACACCAGGUGACUCGGAAGUGAGUCGGGUACACAUGCGCAUCGUGCACCCAGGGCUCCUCUCCAGCGCCGACGGCAUGCCCAUUGGGGGCGCCGGCAAGUCCGCUGCCGCAAAGCCAAACGCCGCCGCCAGCAGCCCCCUGCUGCGCCAGAGCAACACCGGGAGCACACAGUGUAUGGACGGUGCCAUGUGGGCCUUUGAGGCCGGGCUUCAAGCCACCUCCGCAGAGCCGUACGGCCACGCCUGCCACAGCAUGCACGGCAGCCGUACGCUUGCUGGUGCUGCGAGCGGCGCCGUUGUCGAGAGCGCCAGGAGCAGUGCGGACGCAGGGCCCGCAUGCUGCAACAGCAGUAGUACCGCGCCGAUGCAGCAGCGCACCGACGAUUGGAGCGUUGCCACAGCUGACGGCAGCUGCCGUUGCACGCUACAAGGCGGCAACGGCGCACGCACUCUUGCCUCGGGACAAAGCGACGUCGGCGCUCGCGCAGUUGUUUCGGGCCAAGGCGGCGGCACCGCUGCGCACACGCCCACCGCCCCGCCUGCGUCGGCCGGUGCAUCCUUUAUGGCAGCUGUUUCACAGCCCGCCGCGCUGCCGGCCUCCGCCCUGUUCGGACCCAACGGCAGCGGGUUCCUGGCCUCGCUGGCCGCCUACCCACAUGGCCCCGACACGGCGCCCACCUGCAUGACCCCCGCCAUCCCCACCUCAGCGGCCUCCGCCGGCCACCGGCGGCUACAGCCCGCGGCGCUCGGGCCGCGAAUGUCCUCCGUGGGCUCCGCUUCCGCAGCGGCUGGGCUGUUCAACUGGCAUCAGGGACCCGGCUUUGGGACCAAAGGCGGCGCAAACGCGCCGCAACCAGCCCUUGUCGCGGGCAUUGCCACCUCCGCCGCUGCCGCCACUGCCGGCUCUGCCCCGCCCUAUACGCAGCACAGCACGGGCGUGCCGGCGGCUGGAGCAGGCGCUGCUGGGCAUGACCCCAUGGUGACGACGAAACCCUCACAGGCCACCUCGGCGACCGCGCCGUCCCAGGGUGUGCACAGGGCGGGCGAGCGGUUGCACACACCCGCCGCGGCGCAGGCUGCCAAACAAGGCCGGCCCGGUGCCGCUGCCGCCAUCGAGGCCGCGGCAUCGGUGGCGGAGGCGGCCAGACAGCCUCGACAGCAGCAGCAAACGCAGCAGCAGCAGCAGCAGAAGGCACUGCAGCAGACCCCAGCGCUACCGAGAUGCACGCUGUGGGAGGGGGAGGAGGAGUGGCGCCAGUCGCAAGAGGGACUGCGCCGCGAGCAGCAGCAGCUGUUGGCCCUGCAACCAAGUAGCGGCGACACCGAUCCAGCACGGAACAUUGACCGCGCACGCUUUCGGUAUGACGGGCCGCGCUACCUGGCUGAGGCGCCCGCCUUGGGGAAGCCUGGCGGUGGGAAUCAGGCUGCGGUGACGCCGUCCGGGCGCCAGGCCAUACCACUGGCGACGGCGGCCCCGACGCCGGCAGCACCGGCAGCCGCCGUAAGGGCUCCAGAGCUUGCGCAUCACGGCCACUGUGGACAGGUCCCAUUGUUGCUGCAGCCGCAGCAGCCGCACCAGCUGCGGACGGCGGCGGCACACGCGCACACAGAGCGCUACGCGCAAGCGGCGACUAGCACAGACGGCGGUGGCGAGGAGAGCACAGACGGCGUUGCCGGCAGCAGCAGCGGCGGCGGCAGCUGGCGUGGCCGCCUGGUGGACCCAGUGCUGCGCCAAGCAAGCAACAACCACAUGCCACGAAUCUCCGAGCACUUGCCAACAGGCUACGUGGUUGUCAGCCGGCCCCUGGGGUUCGCUGCUGACAGCGGCGGGAGAGGCACUGCAAGGGCGGCAGCCGCCACGGGCCACUCGAGCCACGUGCCCGUCUGGGGCAUCGCGACUGGCCGUGCUGCUCCCGCAGGUCAGCAGGGAGCAACCAAGGCAACAGUGGCAGUAGCAGCAGCAGCAGCGGCCGGGGGCCAGCCCGUGUCGGAGCUGCCGAUGUCUCAUGAGCUGCUGGUUUGCGUGGACUCGGGCGCGGUCUCGUCACCGGCCGUGCGCAGUCAAGGUGGCGGCGCGGAGCCGCAGGAUGGCGACGUCAACAGCCUGCUGCUGCUCAGCUCCACCUUGGACGGCCGGCCGGCCGACGGCGCCAACUCAUUCCAGUCGCCGUUCGUGUUCGGGCAGCAGCCGCUGGGCCGCAGCGCAGCGGCCCUGCUGAACACCUACCGGUACUCGGAGGACGGCACCAGCGCCGGCAUGGGCUGUGUGGCCAGCGACAUCGCGGCGCUUGGAGGUGCGGCUGCGAACACUGCGGCUGGUGCCGCUGCUGCCGCUGCUGCUGUUGCAGUCGAGACCCCAAGCUCGGGUGCAACUGGGCGGUACGCGGUGAUUGACAUGGCAGCCUCAUGGCCCCUGGCGGCUCCGUUCGUGACGCAAGCAGCCCACCAGCCGAGCUGGCAACUGAUUACGCACCAGCACGCGCAGCACCUGCCGCGUGCAUCGUGGCAGGCACCCGCCCCGACUUCGCCCACGCCCGCCGCCACCGCCCCAGCCGCCAGCGCUAGCGAUAGGUUCGGUCUCCCAGCCCCGGAAGCGGUCACCGCUGCUGCUCACGUCGCAAUGCAAGCAGCCCCCUCUCACGACGCGGCGGCCGCGGCACCGGACGCCCGCGGGCUGCCGGGCCACGCCUUGCAGCUGUUUGCCCUGCCUGCAUUGAACGGCAGUGCAGCAGGGGCUGUUGGGAGCGUCGCCACAGCUAGCGCAAUGGCAGACGCCGGCGGCGGCAGCUCGGGAGCGCGACAUGCGGGGCUGUGGCCCUCGCAUGACAUGGACAGCACGGGGGGCGUGGAGCCCUCGCUUGCGCUGUUCGCCGGCAAAGGCACCUCCUGCAGCAACCACGCCAUGGCCAAGCUCUCCUCCGGAGCCAACGGCAUCUCCGGUGCGAACGGGAUCUCCGGUGCGAACGCGCUGGCGUCGGCAGCGGCCUACCUGGUGGCUGGGGGUCGCGUCAGCCGGGCCCGCCUGGCCUCGGUGAUGACGCUGGGCAACUGGAGCCCAUGCGGCAGCACGGACGCAGAGGGUGCGAGGGCUGUGGGCGGCGGCCGUAGCGGCAGUAGCAGCGAGCGGAGCGGGCGCGGGUCGGUCACAGGCUGGAGUUGGUUGCGCGCAGGCAUCAAGGCGGCUGUGUCUCCCGGGAGCACCCAGGAGAAGGAUGCCAGCCAGGCGACCGCGACCCGGGGCGUGAAGAGGGGCUUCGGUGCCGGGAAGUAGGCACCAGUGUCGACGAGUGCGUCAUUGCAUGGUAAUUGCGGUAUUCAGUACGUGCGUGGUGAAUCCAGGUGACUGGGAAGCAGGAAGGACCGUAUUGUUGCAUUUCCAUCACGGCCUCAAGUCCAUACUACGAAGAUCCGCGGUGAAGUCGCAUACACGUGUCCGCGGCCUUUGCAUCUUCUCCUGAUUCCGGGUCGGAUAGCGGGUUGCAGACACGUCGACGCAAGGCGCGGGCAUGUUGAGGUCCUGGCGCUGGGCUGCCAGAAGCAACGGCUCAUGUUACCAUGGGCAACUCGAGCGCGGUGUCGUGGGCAAGGGGGGCUGGGUUGUGCGGGGACAGACAUUGUGACUUAGAUGAGAAUGGCAGGAUUUGAAGAGCUGGGGGCUCUUGAAGAUUGCAGUGGCCAGUCAGGCCAAGGGAAGGUCCGGGUUUACGCCAGGCCGUGCACUACGAGUGGGUUUGUGUGCAUGCGACGGAGAACUGGUAACGGCAUUGCGUCAUAAGCGAAUACGGAUUUACUUAUGACAGUCUUAGCGCAGGGGCGCGCACCCACAUUGCGGUGCAGGCCCUGUAGUCACCCCAUGUUGUGCACGGUACUCACUAGUCACUACACUGCACAUCACUUUAGUCAGUGUUGCGUGCGCUGUUUUCAUUUUGAAGGUACCAGAUGCGGGACUGUUCCUGUACGGCGUGAAGAACAUUACUGGUGUGGAAAUAUACAACGCGUUGCACACUGGAGGACUACACUGCCUCACUUUUGAGAUUCAUGUCGGCGACGUUUUGGCUGUGAGUGGCACUGCCUGUUGUGUUGCUUUUGUGGGUUAGCUGGAUGUCAUAUGCUGGUAGGAAAGACCAGUGUUACGCGCUUGUGCGCGGGCGGGCGCUGGCAUGCAGCGGUUACAGGCGCUGGCAUGCAGCGUUACACUGUAUUGACGUUUGCAGCAUGUACACGAGCCUAGCGGCAGAGAUGCGCCCGAGACGGGGUUCCUGCGUUAGGAACCCUUGCAGGCGGUUUUCAUCUUGCCUUGACUUUGUGUUCCGUUUACGUUGAUAUUAUCCAUUUUCUUCUAAUAGCGAGGGGUUGCCUGUCGAGAUGGCGUGGCCGCGUGAGGCCACAGUGUUGGGCGCCGCUUGGGGCAACCUGUUACUUGCAAACUCGCGCAGUCAUGCAGGCGACCAGAUGCGGGGGGCCGAGCGAGACGUGGGUUCCCACCUGUACGCUCGGGGCAGUAGGAGAUGGGAUGAGCAGGAGCCGUGCGCUCGCUUAGGGCAUACGCAGGCGCACCUCAAGUAUUGGUGGGGGGCCUGAAAGCGUGGCAUGGCAGGGGCAGGGCUCCAGCCAGGCAGGCAGGAGGAGGGAGAGACGAGGGAAAGGAACUACGGGAGGUCGAGGUGAGAGGGCCGUGCAGGCACACUCCCGGGGCUGGUGGCGAUGCGCAUUGCCUUGGACCGUUUUGGACGUGGGGUGGGACUGGCAUGAUGGCGUAGGUGGCUGAUGUUUGGUAAGGGACUAAAGGUGCAGCAGCUAUGGCCGAUGACGACUUACGGACGUAACAUGAGAUUCACCGGUGUCGCAGAAGCACUAAUUCUUACGGCUGGGUGGGGUUUGAGGGGACCUCGGGGAGUUGGGGCUUUGGGGCGUCAGCGGGAACGGUGGGGACUGGGGGGUACCGUAGUUACUCGAAUCCC